ACAAAGUCACAUGACAGGAAAAUGGCGGCUGCACAGAUAUCACACAAAAUUGAAACUCGGAAAAUUAAAAUGGAUUUGUCAAGUGAACUAAACAGUUUCAUAGAACGUGCUACUGAAAAUCUAUUAUUGAAAGAUUUUGAAGAUUGUCAAAGUGCAUGCACAUGUGGAAUAACACGUGCUAAACAAUUUAUUGAAGAUGAAAGGGCUGAGAGUUGUAUUGAGCGUCUGUGUGUUCUGUGUAUUCAGGCCUUGGCUGAAAUGAACAAAUGGCAAGAUGUACUACCACUGAUACAAGAUGUAUACAGCAGUAUAGAAUUGUGUCCCUGUACAGUGAUACAGUUGUGUAUAUUGUUACAUGCGAGAGUGAAGGAGUAUUCACAGUGUCACGCACUUGCAAGUUUAUGGCUGAGAAAUGAAGAUAACUCUUACAAACCAGGUUAUGACAGAGUUGCUGCCCUUUAUAUUGAACAUGUUAUGCUUCCACAGGGCAGAUUUCUAUUAGUUCCACAAUUUCUAAAUUCAUGCACAUUUCUCAGUCAAGAUGUGAAAGAUAAAAUGUUGAUACAGUGUGAAAAACUUAAUGCCAAAGUGAAGGGUGAUUCUGUAAAGACAGAUACAUCAGAAGAAAAAGAUCCAGUACAGAGCAAUCCAGACAUGGAAGAAAUCACUGAUGAGACCGAAUCUCCUGUGGUGAAGUACAUGAAGUAUUUUGGUUGUUUACUGGCCAGCAAACUGACAUUCCCAACAUUUGACAUUUUAUGGAAGAUUGCAGUAGCAGUUGUGAGUUGCUGUGUGUUGGCUAAAUUGUUACUGAAAGGUGAUUCAACAGUACAGUUUGGCAAGUUGACAGUCAUAUGGCAAAAUUUGCUGAAAACUUUGAAAGCGAUAUUUACACCUUACCGACCAGGAAGAUAAAGGUGUACAACUUGUACUAGACAUUUCAUCAGUAUUGACAUUUCACCAGAAUAAAGUUGAUAUUUCACCAGAAUUAACAGCAAGAAGGAAUUGCUACCAUCAGAAAACUUUGCCUAACUUAAAAAUUGGGUUUAUGUGUCUUUGAUGGAAAUGAGUUAUACCAUUUGAAACAAUUUGUUUUUCUACAGCUGUUUCCAUAAAAGUAGCUUGUUUAGUAUUGUGAGAGGUACUGAAGUAUAAAGGUAGAGCAUUAGACUCUUGCUCUCGAUGUCUUGCUUGAAUUUCAGAGUGAAAGAAUUUGACUGCAACUCCACAAUCCCUUACAAAAGCAGAAUCACUAGAUAGAAAUGCAGGAAGCAGCAGUCUAGCCUAGUUAACUUUUCCUACAGUCAGUGUCAAAUAUAUAUGUUGAAACUGAAAGUAAUGUGGAAGUAGGAAGUUGAAGGAGAUUUGGCUAUAUUUGAAUUUAUAUGGAAAAAAGCUAGAAUUGAGAGCAAAGUGUUUUAUGUUGUGAUAUAGAUAAAGAAAGCAUUAGCAUUAGGCCAUGAUAAAUUAGUUGCUAGGUUAUCAUCUCCAUCCGCCUUCCAGUUGUUUUCAUGGUUCUCAACACUUAUUUUUCAAAAUAAUAUCAGUUUUUGUAUUUCUAUUUUCUGUUAAAUUAAUUGACAUGAACUUGUAUAUGUAUUUUUUAAAUUUUAGCUCUUCGUUUGUUGCCUUUUCAUCUGGGAAACUUAUCAGAUAUGAAAUAUAAAAAUUAAAAUCCUUACCCUACCUCUCUAGUUCAAGAACAGUUUAGAUGAUAACCUAGCAAUUAAUGUAGAACAGCCUUACAGUAGUUGGUGUUGGUUUUGGCAGAGUGCAAUAAACAUUUCACACACAGUUUUGUAUGUAAGUACAAGUACGUUUUUUUCUAUUCACAACGACUAGAUUUAUUAAAUCAAAUGAAAUUUU